AUGUCGCACCGGCCCUGGGAUUGCCUACCGCUAUGGAACACCGUGGUCGUUUUCCGAAGAUGUGUGCUUUGGAGCCUGGUCAUGUGUUUUGUAAUUGUGAUGGACGGCUAUGACGGUUUUCUGAUUCCGUCCUUCUACGCGGUGCCGUCAUUCCAGCGCAGAUACGGAGUACAGCUGCCGGACGGGUCGUGGACGGUCGAGGCCAAGUGGCAGACGGCCUACAUGGUUGGAGCACCGAUAGGGCGGAUAGCUGGGGCUUUGGGGGUUGGGGUUUUGGCCGACCGGUUCGGGAGGAAGCGGGUUACUCUGGUGGGUCUUUUUUGCCUGUCGGGGAUCACCUUCAUUGUCUUUUUUGCGGUCGGCAAGGCCAUGUUGGUGGUGGGCUGGUUUUUGUCGGGAUUGAUCUGGGGAAUCUUCAACACCAUGACGCCGACCUACGUGUCUGAAAUCUGUCCGGUUUCGCUUCGGAGCACGUUUGCAGCGGCCAUUAAUCUCUCCUGGGUCGUCGGACAAUUCAUUUCCACCGCUGUGAUCACCGCCUCGGAGUCCCGACAGGACGAAUGGGCUUAUAGAGUACCUCUGGCGGUCCAAUGGGUGUUUCCCGUGGUGCUGAUUCCGCUUGUUAUGGUCAUGCCCGAGUCUCCCUGGUGGAUUUUGAAGCACGGGGACAAAAAGGGCGCCAGACAAGUUCUGACCAGACUCAUGGACGAAAAAGACGUCGAUAUAGACAUGUAUUUGGAGUACAUGCGUCAGACGCUGGAGGAUGAAGUUGAUGGAGGCUCGUUCGUCGACUGCUUCAAGGGGUCAGAUGUUCGUCGGACGGAGAUUUGCUGUCUCACAUACUUCUUCCAACCGCUCUCGGGACUCUACAUUCUGUCCUAUGCCGCCUACUUUUUGCAGCUCACGGGAAUCCCGCAAAAUGUCGUUUUCAAGCUGACUCUGGGGCUGACUGGACUAGCGGUGAUGGCGUCCUUGGUUGCACCUAUCGUGAUUCUCACCUUUACCCGACGCUCCAUUUAUAUGGGCUCUUUAGCUCUCAUGGCUGCCACUCUUUUCGCCAUUGGAAUAACCGCUUGUUACGACACCCAGGCGGCCAAAUGGGCAGCGCCAGUGCUCAUCUACGUGUGGGUAGGGACCUACGAUGCGACGAUCGGACCUCUGACCUACGUCAUUGUCUCGGAAACGUCGUCGGUCAAGCUGAGGUCCAAAACCAUUGCUCUGGCAAGCAUCACCAACUCCAUCAUGGUCCUGGUGCUCCACAUUUCCGUGCCUUACAUGAUGAACGAGGAGGAGGCGAAUAUGGACGGGUUUGUGGGGUUCAUCUACGCCCCCUUUUGCCUGCUGGCAAUAGCCUGGGCGUGGUGGCGACUGCCGGAGCUGAAGGGGAUGAGUUUUAUGGAGAUUGACAUGUUAUUCGGCAACGAGACGGGAACCCAAAGAGCGCCGCUGGUUUUUGAUGGUCAGAAGCGCGAACGACAACCUCUAGAGUCACUUGACGGUCUCGGAUGGAGGUUCGGAGGUCAACAGGACUUGUCAGAGACAAAUGACAAUAAUGAGGGCUCCAGAGAGGAACGGCUGUCGAAUCCUUAUUGCUCGUCCAAUGAAGAUAAUCGAAGCGACAGAUUCCAGCCCUCAGAACGUGGAUGUAUAUUAGACAGUCCAAAGAGGAAGCAUGCAAUCGAGAAGAACGGAGUGGUGAUCACCGAGACUCUGGAAAUGGGUGAAAAUGCUGAUAGGUGA